UAAAGAUUGCAAGUUCACAUUGUUGCUAUAGAUUGACGAAUGUAAACGCCCAAAGUCAGUCGUCUCUGUACUCGUCACCAGCUCCUCCGGAGUGGGAGAUUCCCAUGGCCCCGAAAUCCGCCCGUGCCGCCGGAUGCAAAGGCAACAGAAAAGGUUCCAUUCAAUGUUUUUAAUUGUGCGCUGUUUUUCACCGCUCAGCUUGCAGCCAGGUCCAGGCCCAAGCCAUCCGGAAGCUUCGAAAAGCAUCGGUCUACCUGGUAAAGCUAGCCGCCUCUUAGCGCCUGUAGGUACAUGUGAGUUGUCCUAAUCAGCGUAGAGCCAUAUUAAGCCGAAGCGAACUACAAAACGGUUCCGUCUCCCCAACCAGCCAAAAGCUUCUUUUUCCUUUCCUUCUCUCACCGUAAACCACUUACUCAGUAACGCUCUGCAAGCAAACCGAAUCUUUAAACCCCAGAAAUCUCUGUGUCAAUUCAGCAACCACUGCUUGGCCACUUAGUUUCCGUCUCAACAACCCCUCCAUCCCACCUAUUACAGGUUUAAUUUGUUGGUCGAGUCUAAUCCCUCGACCACAUCCAGUCGUCAAGACGUUUUCCAACUUCUUGAACUCGAUUCACAACCCGUUCGCCGGAGCCCGCUGCUCUGCCACUGGAGGGUUAGCGGACUCGACCUAUUCCAAAUAAAGGUCGUAUCUAGAGAAAUAGAACCCUUCAACUAGAAACACUCCCGCGUCCCGCCAAACCGUCAACAUGGCCCCUCACGCGGAAGAUAGCACGGGCUCCUCGAACGGGAAUGGCCAUGCCAAUGGCCACACGGUGUCCACUGGUGCUGCUCAGAGCACCUUCGUCGUGAACUCCCCCAAUGUCAAUUAUACUGAGUCGGAAAUCCGCUCCAAGUAUACUUAUCGUACCACCAGCGUCGAGACCGACGCCAAUGGCAACUUUGUGGCGACUCCCAAGGAAACGCUCUACGACUUCAAGGUCGACCGCAAGGUUCCCAAGGUUGGCAUGAUGCUUGUCGGCUGGGGUGGUAACAAUGGUACCACUGUCACCGCAGGUAUCAUUGCUAACCGCCGCAAGCUUGUGUGGGACACCAAGGAAGGCGUCCAGGAGGCCAACUACUAUGGCUCCGUCGUCAUGAGCUCCACCGUCAAGCUUGGAGCCGAUGCCAAGACCAACCAGGAGAUCAACAUUCCCUUCCACAAUCUCCUGCCCAUGGUCCACCCCAACGACCUGGUCAUUGGCGGCUGGGACAUCAGCUCGAUGAACCUGGCUCAGGCCAUGGAUCGCGCCAAGGUCCUGGAGCCUGCCCUGAAGGCUCACGUCAGAAAGGAGAUGGCUGGGUUGACUCCUCUUCCCUCCAUCUACUACCCCGACUUCAUUGCCGCCAACCAGGAGGACCGAGCUGACAAUGUCCUCGAGGGCUCCAAGGCUUCGAUGGCUCAUGUCGAGCAACUCCGAAAGGACAUUCGUGACUUCAAGGCCAACAACAACCUUGACAAGGUGAUUGUCCUGUGGACCGCCAACACUGAGCGAUACGCCGACCUCAUUGAUGGAGUCAAUGACACUGCCGAUAACCUUCUCAAGGCUAUUGAGCAGGGUCACGAGGAGGUUUCUCCUUCCACCAUCUUUGCUGUUGCCUGUAUCCUGGAGGGCGCCCCCUUCAUCAACGGCUCUCCCCAGAACACCUUCGUUCCUGGUGCUAUUGAGCUUGCUGAGAAGCACAAUGCCUACAUUGGUGGCGACGACUUCAAGUCUGGCCAGACCAAGAUGAAGUCCGCCCUGGUGGAUUUCCUUAUCAAUGCCGGUAUCAAGUUGACCUCCAUUGCCAGCUACAACCACCUUGGCAACAACGACGGCAAGAACUUGAGCUCUCAGAAGCAGUUCCGCUCCAAGGAAAUCUCCAAGUCCAAUGUCGUGGAUGACAUGGUCGAGGCUAACAGCAUUCUGUACAAGAAGGGCGAGCACCCCGACCACUGCGUUGUCAUCAAGUACAUGCCCGCUGUUGGCGACAACAAGCGUGCUCUUGAUGAGUACUACGCUGAGAUCUUCCUCGGUGGCCACCAAACCAUCUCUUUGUUCAAUAUCUGCGAGGACUCUCUCCUAGCUUCGCCCCUGAUCAUUGAUCUUGUGGUGGUUGCUGAGAUGAUGACUCGUAUCCAGUGGAAGGCUGCUUCCAAUGACGGCCACGAGACUGCUGAAUUCAAGCACUUCCACAGCGUCCUCAGUGUCCUCAGCUACAUGCUCAAGGCUCCUUUGACUCCUCCGGGCACUCCCGUUGUGAACGCUCUGGCUAAGCAACGUGCGGCAUUGACCAACAUCUUCCGCGCUUGCGUUGGCCUGGAGCCUGAGUCUGAAAUGACUCUGGAGCACAAGCUCUUCUAAGUCGGCCCCGACUUGGCAGACACACGAGGCUCAAUGAGCCAAGAGGAUUGCGUGAGGAGGACAUGGGAAAUUUGGACAGUCUUUACCGGAUAUACUAGAUAGCUAUAAAACAGGCAGAAUCAGCAGCCUAGGCUACGCCUUGGUUGACAAUGGAAUAAUACUGAUUUUGCCACCA